UGGGGGGUGCGUUGCCCGGAGACGGAAAGUUUGGGAGCCCGAGCAGGCUUGGCUGCAGCCCGGGGGAGGGGGUCCAGAGGGCGGCGGCCCUGGGGAUGGGGAAGGAGCAGGAGCUGUUGGAGGCGGCCCGCACCGGGCACCUCCCGGCGGUGGAGAAGCUGCUGUCCGGGAAGCGGCUCUCCUCAGGCUUCGGGGGCGGCGGCGGCGGCGGCGGCUCCGGGGGCGGCGGCGGCGGCGGCGGCCUGGGCUCUUCCAGCCACCCCCUCUCCAGUCUGCUCAGCAUGUGGAGAGGUCCAAAUGUGAACUGUGUUGACAGCACUGGCUACACACCCCUGCACCAUGCUGCUCUGAAUGGCCAUAAAGAUGUGGUUGAAGUUCUUCUGAGGAACGAUGCGCUGACCAACGUGGCUGACUCCAAAGGCUGUUAUCCCCUGCAUCUGGCAGCCUGGAAAGGAGAUGCCCAGAUAGUGCGGUUGCUCAUCCAUCAAGGGCCUUCACACACCAGGGUCAACGAACAGAAUGCUCUUGAGAUCAAAGAAUUCAAAAAGUACGGCCCCUUUGACCCUUAUAUCAAUGCCAAGAACAAUGACAACGAGACGGCCCUGCAUUGUGCAGCGCAGUAUGGCCACACGGAGGUGGUGAAGGUGCUCUUAGAGGAGCUAACGGACCCGACCAUGCGCAACAACAAAUUCGAGACACCUCUGGACCUGGCCGCACUUUACGGGCGACUGGAGGUGGUGAAGAUGCUCCUCAAUGCGCACCCCAACCUCUUGAGCUGCAACACUAAGAAGCACACCCCUCUGCACCUGGCAGCAAGGAACGGCCACAAAGCCGUGGUCCAGGUCCUCCUUGAUGCUGGCAUGGACAGCAACUACCAGACGGAGAUGGGCAGUGCUUUGCAUGAGGCUGCUUUGUUUGGCAAGACCGAUGUGGUGCAAAUCCUGCUGGCUGCAGGAACUGAUGUCAACAUAAAAGAUAACCGGGGACUGACUGCUCUAGACACUGUCCGGGAGCUGCCUUCUCAAAAGAGCCAGCAGAUAGCAGCACUAAUUGAAGAUCAUAUGACUGGAAAAAGAAGUGCAAAAGAGGUGGAUAAAACUCCCACACCCCAGCCACCUCCCAUCUCCAGUGUGGACUCCAUGUCACAGAAGUCUCAGGGUGAUGUGGAGAAAGCAGUGACUGAACUGAUUAUCGAUUUUGACACAAAUGCUGAAGAGGAGGGUCCCUAUGAGGCGCUGUACAACGCUGUCUCCUGCCAUUCGUUAGACAGCACGGCCAGCGGGCGAUCAUCUGACCGAGACUCCGUGAACAAGGAGGCUGAGGCAGCAGGAGCGAAAGCUGCUGGAGUGAGGCCGAGGGAACGUCCACCACCUCCAGCAAAGCCACCACCCGAUGAAGAGGAGGAAGACCGAAUAGAUAAGAAGUAUUUUCCCUUGACAGCUUCUGAGGUCCUGGCCGUGAAACCCCGGAUUCAGGGGAGUGCAGCCAGGGAAGAGGAUGAGCACCCUUACGAGCUGUUGUUAACGGCAGAGACAAAGAAGCUGGUAUCGGUGGAUGGAAAAACAAAAGACCACAGGCGGAGCAGCAGCAGCUGGAGCCAGGACUCUGCGGAGCGGCAGGACGGGCAGGUCCCAGAGCAGUUCUCAGGUCUCCUCCACGGCUCCUCCCCAGUGUGUGAGGUGGGGCAGGACCCUUUCCAACUGCUCUCUGCCACUGGCCAGAGCCAUCCAGACGGUUCCCCCCAGCAGGGCGCCUGCCACGAGGCCAGCAUGCAGCUGGAGGAGACGGGUGUGCAUACUCCUGGAGCCCCCCAGCCCAGUGUCCUAGACCAGAGCAAGAGAGUGGGCUACCAGGCAGGCCUGCCCACCACCAAUAGCCGAUCACACCCUGAAACUUUGACUCACACAGCAUCUCCGCACCCUGGUGGUGCUGAAGAAGGAGACCGGAGCGGGGCCAGAAGCCGAGCCCCUCCCACCAGCAGACCCAAAGCUGAACUCAAACUCAGCCGCAGCUUGUCCAAGUCUGACUCUGAUCUCCUGACCUGCUCACCCACGGAGGACGCUACCAUGGGGAGUCGGAGCGAGUCCUUGUCCAACUGCAGCAUUGGGAAGAAGAGGCUGGAGAAGUCGCCCUCCUUUGCCUCGGAGUGGGAUGAGAUUGAGAAAAUCAUGAGUUCUAUUGGAGAAGGGAUUGACUUUUCUCAGGAACAGCAGAAGAUCUCAGGUUCGCGGACGCUGGAGCAGAGCGUGGGGGAGUGGCUGGAGUCGAUGGGGCUGCAGCAAUAUGAGAGCAAGUUGCUUCUGAAUGGCUUUGACGAUGUCCGCUUCCUGGGGUCUAACGUGAUGGAAGAGCAGGACCUGCGGGAGAUCGGCAUCAGCGACCCACAGCACCGGCGGAAGCUGCUGCAGGCCGCACGCUCCCUGCCCAAGGUGAAGGCUCUGGGCUAUGACGGGAACAGCCCGCCUUCGGUGCCCUCCUGGCUGGACUCGCUGGGGCUGCAGGACUACGUCCACUCCUUCCUGUCCAGCGGCUACAGCUCCAUCGACACCGUGAAGAACCUCUGGGAGCUGGAGCUCGUCAACGUCCUCAAGGUCCACCUGCUGGGCCAUCGCAAGCGCAUCAUCGCCUCCCUGGCAGACAGGCCGUACGAGGAGCCGCCCCAGAAGCCCCCGAGGUUUUCCCAGCUCAGAUGCCAAGACUUGCUCUCGCAGACAUCAUCCCCCCUGAGCCAGAACGAUUCCUGCACAGGGCGGUCAGCAGACCUGCUGUUGCCUCCCGGGGACACUGGCAGGAGGCGCCAUGACAGCUUUCACGACCCUGCAGCACCCUCUCGAGCAGAACGCUUCAGGAUUCAGGAAGAGCACCACGAGGCCAAGCUGACCCUUCGGCCCCCCAGUCUGGCUGCGCCCUAUGCCCCCGUGCAGAGUUGGCAACACCAGCCAGAGAAACUCAUCUUUGAGUCCUGCGGUUACGAGGCCAAUUAUCUGGGCUCCAUGCUGAUCAAAGAUCUGCGAGGGACAGAAUCCACGCAAGACGCCUGUGCCAAGAUGCGGAAGUCAACUGAACACAUGAAGAAGAUCCCCACCAUCAUCCUGUCCAUCACAUACAAAGGUGUCAAGUUCAUUGAUGCCUCCAAUAAGAACGUCAUCGCUGAGCACGAGAUCCGGAACAUUUCCUGUGCGGCCCAGGACCCAGAAGACCUCUGUACCUUUGCCUACAUCACCAAGGACCUGCAGACCAGCCACCACUAUUGCCACGUGUUCAGCACAGUGGACGUGAAUCUGACCUACGAGAUCAUCCUGACGCUGGGACAGGCAUUUGAGGUGGCCUAUCAGUUGGCCCUGCAGGCCCAGAAGUCCAGGCCGAUGGGGGCGUCUGCAGUUGAGAUGAUUGAAACAAAAUCUUCCAAACCGGUGCCUAAGCCUCGGGUCGGCAUGAGGAAAUCCGCACUGGAACCGCCCGAUACGGACCAAGAUGCCCAGUCCCAUGCCAGUGUCUCCUGGGUUGUGGACCCAAAACCAGACUCUAAGCGGAGCCUCAGCACCAAGGGAUGGGGUGGCAUACAUGUGGCUGGUCCCUCGUGUCUUCGCCGUUGAGUCACAAAGUCUGGAAGCCCCGGGCCUGGCUCCUAGCUCGCCGAGGAGGAAGGCCUGUGCCCUGUGUGCACGAUGCACCUUCUUCCCUCAGAACAGCUGCCUGAGGACAGGGACCUGCGCCAAGCAACUUCCACUGUCUCCAGGAGCUGAUCCUUCUCCACGGUGCGGGGUCAGAGAUAGUCAGCCCUUCCCUGCUCGGCCUGCCUCAGCCUCCCGCCUGCUCUGAGAGGAGAGGCCAUGCCGUCUGUCCCCCGCCCGCAGCUUAGCAGCUGGGAGGGUGGAGUGGAGGCUUUGGAGAAGCCCCGCAUUCUCUCAUGCGGGCAAAUCAGUUUAGACCCAGGAGACAGGAAGGAAGCACUUCCCGUAGGAAGCAGUGCACGUGUAGCAUAGUCCAGAGGAAAAGCCAGAAGUUAUGGCAAUUAUUUUGGAGCUGAAACCCAAGUUGCUAAACCAGGGCGGGGCCUGCCUGCCUGUCCUUGUGCCUUCCCUGCGCGGACUCGCUGGGCCAGCGGCAGCGGUGGGCGGUGGCUGCGGGUGCUCAGAGCAGGUGGUGGGUGCUCAGGGGAGGCUGUGAGCACCUUCUGCCCUGCUCUGUGUUUCCUUUCAGUUUCCUGCACUUUAUGCAGGCCCUUCGGUUAACCCUUUCCUCCCCCGUUGUUUGCUUCUGCCAAGCUGAGCCACUGAGGAACCACACUGUGCUGCGGGAACAUAGCCGUGGGGAGCACAGGCUCCUCCCACCGCCGCCGCCGCCUCACCUGCAGCUGAGAAGACCCGGGCCCCUCCGCUGCCCGUAGGACCCCCUUUCAGCUGCGCGGCCGGGCCUGCCACCACCAGGUCUUGCAGAGUGAGCCCUGCCCUGGCUGCAGAGAAGCACUCCAGGCCUCUGGCAGAGGAGACUGGAGCUCCGAAGGCUCGAGAAGUGACUUAUUCAGAACAUGUUUUUUUUUAAUAGAAAACAAUCUUUUUAUAAAAUGAACUUUUAACACUUGGCUCAAACCUCUAGGUUAAACUGCCAGUCUUUAGACAAGUGGCCAUGGGGUCAGAGGACAGGGAAACUGAAACUGGUCAGAAGGCCGGUGUGUGCAGCCCCUGUUCUCAGGGUGGGAGCCUGGCGUGGCCCCGCAGGGCUGAAGAGCAGGCAGCGGCCUGUGGGUGAGUUGAAAGGAGCAGGCUCGGGGCAAAAUCUAGUGGGCUGGUGACAGUCUGCUCUCCAAAUUCAGCCAGGCUAGUUGCUGUUCUUCACGAACUGCCCAACUUCUUGUCCCUGCGCAGAGCUGGGCAGCUCCUCAGCUAGGAACACAGCCUUGGAGGCACCUGGGCAAAAGCAAAGGCUUCCAGUCCGUUCCUGGGCUUCCGAAUGUGAAGGUCCAGUGGCCAAAUGGAGACGAGGGGCAGUUUCUGGUGCCGUGACAUCUGGCGCCGGGAGCUCCAGGCCUCUCCUCGGUCUCUGAGAGCACUGCCCUGGGCGGGUGGCCCGCAGCCUCUCUGGUGACACACUGCAUGAGGUGCGCCAGAGAGAACAAGCAGCUUUGUUUUGGGCAUUAAUGGGUAGGUCAGCUAAGAUUGCUACUUGCCAAUUUGUGAUUUGUCUAAUCAGGUCUGUGUGAUUAGGGCUCGUUUUGAUUCUCUGAAUUAUUGGUUUGAUUGUUAUAUUCUCAGCUGCUAGGCUCAUCUCUGGGUAGGUGUGGAAAAGGUGACAGUCCAUUGACUCUACUCCAGUGUGGCCUUCAGGGAGGCUAGCAUCCUAGUGCACCACUGCCUGAAGCUUCCUGCUGGCUUGCUUUGCUUUUGAAGGUAACGGGUUGUGUUCUUCCUCCUGGACCGUAGCAGAAAGGAAGGAGCUACUUCCUGUGGUGUUGCGAGGCAAAGCCAGGCCAGCUGCGCGCCUAGUACCUCCCAGGGUAGGGAGCAGAGAGGAGCGUCUCCCCACGGGUACUUCAGCAGGCCUCCUGCCUCCCUGGCACGGUUCAUUCUGGUCUCAGGGUGAAUAUUCCAGGCUUCAGCAGCACUGCUCUUUCCCAGCAAAGGUUAUGAGUUUAAGUUCUUUGUUGGUGUGUGUGCAGAGAGAGUACUCUUGGGCACAUUCACAGCCCCGGUGGUCAGGCUGGGCCUGUGGGCUGUCUGUCUGCUGAGCGUCCAGCGCUCCUGUGGUGGAGGCAGGUUGUGCUCCGCGUCUUGGUACUGAACUAGGACCUCGACCCCUUCAAGUUUUAUUUCAUUUCCUGCUUCUUUCAGGGCCUGUGAGGAUUCCUGUGAGCUAACACUGUACAGUAUUCAGCCCCUGCUUUCUUCCAGAAGCUGACCAGGAAAGCUAAAGAUCUAGAGUAGGUUGUGCUGCCUCUGCGGCCGCACCUGUGCUGAUGCCUUCUUCC